AAGCGUCAGAGCAAAAAACAAUUGAGUCACUAAAACAGGAGAGAACAAAACUAGAAGUACAGUUAGACACACAGAGAACGUCAGUGCAGGAGACACAGGAGAUAAUGGAGUCACUAAAGCAGGAGAGAGCCCCCAUGCUAAGAUAGGCAAGGGGGGGGCUAUCCGUCUGGAACAGGAGAGGGAAGCUCGGCUAGAGGUGCUAGCCGGAGAGCUGAAGGCGGCAAGUUCCAGCUAGAAGGGGCCCUUGCAGAGAAACGUGAGAUGGAGGGAGCAGCUAGAGGGCGCUCUAUUGCGUGUGCGGCAGAUGGAAGAGCGUCAAGAGGCACUCUCUGGUGAGCUAAAGGAGGCGAUGGAGCAGGCCCAGGACGUCAGCAGGGAGUGCGCGAAGCUGACGCAACGGCAGCGAGAGGUGGAGAUCGAGCAUGAAGCCACGCAGAGGAAAGCUGCGGGAGGAGACGGUUGCCACGGGUGACCAGCUUCGUGCAGCCGCCGCACUGGCGGAGACGGCGAGGGGUGGAGGAGGGAGAAGCUCGCUGCCGUGAACUGCAGAGAGAGAUCGCGACUUCGGUCGAGGAGAGGAGGAGCUGGGAGGAGAGGGUCGCGGAGUUGUGUGCGCGGCGCGAGGUCUCGGAGACAGCGCUCGCAGCAGCGCGGGACGACUGCGCACAGUGACGCUUGCGAAGGACAGCGAAAAGCGUCGCAGAAUGAAGCGGAGAGGCUUGGCCGGGCGCUGAAGGAAGAGUCGAGCCAGCGGGAGAGGAUAAAGGAGGAGCUGGCGGCUCAGCUCGGGGAAGCUCAGAGGAAGCUGGCUGAUGAGGAAGCGAUUAGGACGAGGUUGCAGGAGGAGAAUGCUCGACGAAGCGAGUCUUGCGAGAUGCCGGCGAGGGAAUACAGCAGGUGGAUCUAUGCCGACCUAGCCCAGUGCGGACACGGUUUAUAGACGAGCUGAAGGCCAAGCUGAGCGACACACAGGAAGAGCUCGCCUACUUUGAGAUGGGCGACGUUAGAACACUGGAGGCGCUCUCUCGACCCCACCGUCGACGACGAAUAGGGGAGAUUAACAAGAAGUUCCACGAGGCGAGAGUUAGGGCCGAAGACCUGGAUAAGGUCGUUGCUGACUUGAAGUCAAAGAUCAGUCGUGCGGAGGAUGUUGAGGACAAGCUCACCGCUCAGCUUGCCUCCCUUGGGAAGACCCACCGACGCGAAGCGGAGGAGCGAAAGGCGUCACAGAAGGAAGUGGAGAGGCUGGGCCAGGCGCUGAGGGAGGAGGCGAGCCAGCGGGAGCGGAUGAAGGAGGAGAAUGCGGCUGAGCUCAGGGGAGCCCAGAGGAAGCUGGCUGAGGAGGAAGCGGUCAGGGAGCGGCUGAAGCAGGAUAACGCGAAGCUGGAGGCAGCGACGAGAGAGCUGCGCGGUGUCCAGCAGCAGCUGGCCGAUACCGAAAAGCAACUGACCAGUGCGAGAGCAGCAACAGGGGGAACAGGUUCAGGGAACAACCAAGGUGUGCAAUUUAGCACCCGCAGUGGCGUUGUGGGAGAGUUUCUCUAUUUCGAAGCGCAGGCAAAUAUAUCUCGCUUGAAAAGGGAGAAGCAGUGUCUAUCCGAGGAGGUGACAAGAAGGAAGAACCAAGUCAACAGGUUGCGAGCGUUGAUAAAGCUCUGUAAUUGUCGGAGCCGUGAGCAACUGAUGCAGCAGGCAGCGAUAGAAGACGUUGCCCCCGCAGCCAGCAGUAGCGGCAGUGUAAGCGAACGAACUCCGUGUGGAGGUCUAACGAACAGUCCCAGGGUGGUCCCAGCCACUGCAAGCGCCAGCGUGCCUCCUGCAAAGCCAGCCACGCCGGACAUGCAGCCGGCGGCGGCGACUACGGCUACGGCGGCGACCAAGGCGACUACAGCGGCGCCACCUGCGCAGAGGAACCCUCUGUCUAACCCUGAGAACAGCUGGUCAGCAAUGUUCCGGAGGCACACAUCCGAAGAUUCGAUCGACCCGCCCGAGUGUAAGCAGCAGUGAGGUCAUCCUUCCUUCUCACUGUAUGCAGCAUGGGAUGACCCUCCCUCUACCUUCUCACUGUAUGCAGCAGUGGGGUGACCCUCCCUCUACCUUCUCACUGUAUGCAGCAGUGGGGUGACCCUCCCUCUACCUUCUCACUGUAUGCAGCAGUGGGGUGACCCUCCCUCUACCUUAUCAGUGUAUGCAGCAGUGGGAUGACCCUCCCUUAUCAGUGUAUGCAGCAGUGGGGUGACCCUCUUUUAUCAGUGUAUGCAGCAGUGGGGUGACCCUCCCUUAUCAGUGUAUGCAGCAGUGGGAUGACCCUCUCUUAUCAGUGUAAGCAGCAGUGGGAUGACCCUCCCUUAUCAGUGUAUGCAGCAGUGGGAUGACCCUCUCUUAUCAGUGUAAGCAGCAGUGGGAUGACCCUCCCUUAUCAGUGUAUGCAGCAGUGGGAUGACCCUCUCUUAUCAGUGUAAGCAGCAGUGGGAUGACCCUCCCUUAUCAGUGUAUGCAGCAGUGGGAUGACCCUCUCUUAUCAGUGUAAGCAGC